AUGAUUCAAGCUGUGUCAGACCGAAUCGACAAUAUGCACAAAGACUUUAGUCAGCACAAACUGAGCUUGGAAGUCACCAAUCACCUACUUUCUUCACUUUGGAAUGCCAUAGCUCCCGUUGGAGUACAGGCUCUUGGCCACCGCUUCAAUACUUACAAUGAAAGGAAGAACAGGAUUGGGGCUGGAAAUAACGUACCUAUGCUUCGAAAUAGAGCCUCUGCUAUGAUUCUUAUUCUGGAAAGCCUGAUUUCAACGAUGAAAAAAAUUACCGAAGCUGAAUAUCAAGGAACACAUGGAGGGUAUUAAUGAUAUUGUUAUGAGUUUGUGGGAAGGUAAAUUAACUCUAUUAUUCCAUUUUCUAUUUUAACUCUUGAAAGGGUUGCUCGUAAUAGUUUGGGAAAUGAUUUUAAUGUGCUGUGGGCAAAAGAAUGCAAUUGGGCCGAGGACUAAGUUUGAGAAUGUUAGUUUUUCAUUUUUAUUUUUUUGUUUGCAGUUAUUCUGUUUUUUGUUUUAAAUCAAAUAUUUUUUCAGUUGAGAAACCGUGCGUCCACCAUGAUUAUUAUUUUGAAGAGAAUGAUUCAACUACUUGGUGGCAUCA